GUAGGUACCUGGGUUGUAAUUCGCCAUGCCACUCGGGCAGUACACAUCAGCAAAUUUGCUGAGUCACUAGUGGGCCGCAUCAAACCCUUGGCCCAAGAACUCAUGAAGACUCCAAUUAAUUAAACUCUUCUUCCCAAGAACUCACCAGAAUCAAAACUCUUCUUCCCAAAACAAUUUGUUCUUCACGAACUGGAUAUCUUCCUCCACAAAACUUCCCACCUCCACAAAACUUCCCCUUCUUCUCCCAGUCUCCAAUCGUAGGUUAGCUGUACUGGAUCUCUCUCUUUAUCGUCCCUUCCUCCAAGUUGGAAAUGGCGGCAACAGCUCCAAUGUGCCGCUACGCUGUACCGGCGGUUCUGCGCACCUCGUGGACCGAUGCUAACCCCGGACGACGCUUCUUUGGGUGCCCCAAUUAUGGGGUGCAAACGCAUGCAACUAUUUCCGUUGGAUCGAUCCACCACUUGAGGAUAAUGUUAAAUGCCUUAGUCUUGCAUUACACAAGAGGAUCCAAAAGGUGGAGCAGCGGAACAAUCGCAAAUCAUUUGUCAGAGAAAUCAUCAAAGGUUCUACAAUUGUGGUUGGAGUUCUUUUGGCAAGGAGUGUGAUGAAUUCCUUGUCUGGAAACAUGUAAUGUAGUGGGAACAUGUAAUGGAUUCUUGUUCUGGAUUAUGUAUUGUUUUGGAAGUAUUAAUGUAUGCUGCAGAUGAUUAAAUGCAUAGUUCUGUUUAGGAUGAUGUAAUGGAUUUGGAACAAGUUUUGUUUCAUUUAAUGGAUUUUGGAACUAGCACAUCUAAUGUGAUUAAAUUUGUUGAUUUGUC